UCAUCAUCACCAUCAUCAUCACCAUCAUCAUCACCAUCAUCAUCACCAUCAUCAUCACCAUCAUCAUCACCAUCAUCAUCACCAUCAUCAUCACCAUCAUCAUCACCAUCAUCAUCACCAUCAUCAUCACCAUCAUCAUCACCAUCAUCAUCACCAUCAUCAUCACCAUCAUCAUCACCAUCAUCAUCACCAUCAUCAUCACCAUCAUCAUCACCAUCAUCAUCACCAUCAUCAUCACCAUCAUCAUCACCAUCAUCAUCACCAUCAUCAUCACCAUCAUCAUCACCAUCAUCAUCACCAUCAUCAUCACCAUCAUCAUCACCAUCAUCAUCACCAUCAUCAUCACCAUCAUCAUCACCAUCAUCAUCACCAUCAUCAUCACCAUCAUCAUCACCAUCAUCAUCACCAUCAUCAUCACCAUCAUCAUCACCAUCAUCAUCACCAUCAUCAUCACCAUCAUCAUCACCAUCAUCAUCACCAUCAUCAUCACCAUCAUCAUCACCAUCAUCAUCACCAUCAUCACCACCAUCAUCACCACCAUCAUCACCACCAUCAUCACCACCAUCAUCACCACCAUCAUCACCACCAUCAUCACCACCAUCAUCACCACCAUCAUCACCACCAUCAUCACCACCAUCAUCACCACCAUCAUCACCACCAUCAUCACCACCAUCAUCACCACCAUCAUCACCACCAUCAUCACCACCACCAUCACAUCACCACCACCAUCACCACCACCAUCAUCACCACCAUCAUCACCACCAUCAUCACCACCAUCAUCACCACCAUCAUCACCACCAUCAUCACCACCAUCAUCAUCACCACCAUCAUCAUCACCACCACCAUCAUCACCACCACCAUCAUCACCACCACCAUCAUCACCACCACCAUCAUCACCACCACCAUCACCACCACCAUCACCACCACCACCACCACCACCACCACCACCAUCACCACCACCACCACCACCACCACCACCACCAUCACCACCACCAUCAUCACCAC